AUGUCGGGAAUCUUUUGCGAUGACAGCGGUCAGGACUGGAGCGAUGAUGUUAGAAGCAUCCAGUCCGCGCCCACGGAACGAACUGCACUCAUAAAACGGCCGUCUUUAAGCAAUGAUGCCAAGGAAAUCCUUGCCGGGGAUGGCUGUGGAAAACCGACUGCGGGCAACAUCCCGCUGUUGAGGGUGGCCCUCAUCAUGGGAGCCGCGUGGUUCGGCUGCUUGAUAGCAGCGAUUGACUCGACCAUCAUGGCCACUCUCGCGGGCCCCAUCUCGAGUGAAUUCAAAUCUCUCAGCUUGCUCUCGUGGCUGACGACGGCAUACUUCGUCGCUAGCGCCACCGUCCAGCCCAUCUCCGGUCGCCUAACUGACAUCUUUGGAAGAGGCCCCGGCCUCGUCCUGAGCGACGUCGUCUUCGCCGUCGGGAACCUCAUAUGCGCCAUGGCAACAAAUCAAUACGUGAUGAUCUUCGGCCGUGUUGUCGCUGGUGCCGGAGGUGGAGGGCUGCUGAGCAUUUCAACCUUUCUGGGAUCCGACCUUAUCCCUCUCCGUCAAAGAGGGGUGGCUCAGGGCAUCGGGCAGCUAUGCUACGCUACGGGAUCCAUGCUCGGUGGCAUUAUGGGGGGCUUGUUCAAUGAUCACAUCGGCUGGAGAAUAGCGUUCUACGUCCAGGUGCCGCCUGCGAUAUUCUGCGCAUUUGCCAUCUAUUUUCUGGUAAAAGCGCCCCCGGAAAAGGAGUCAGAUACUUCCUACCUCAAACGCAUCGACUUCGUCGGGGUCUUUCUCAUCGCGUCGUUUCUAAUUCUCUUGUUGCUCGGUCUUAGCGCCGGGGGCAACAUCGUUCCUUGGAGCCACCCUCUCCCACUCACGACCAUCCCGGUGUCCCUAUUCUUCCUUGCGGGUUUUAUCAAGUGGGAGUCGACAAUUGCGGAACCGGUCAUCCCUGUGAAGCUCAUGCUUAACCGGACCGUCUUUUCCGGAUGUGCUACUAACCUCCUCGCGACCGUUCCUUUUAUGGCGGGCAUCCUUUAUCUACCCCUAUACCUCCAAGUACGUGGGAGCUCCGCAACCGAUGCAGGACUUCAACUGUCGCCCUCACCGUUUGGCAUCGCUGUGGGCUCUCUCGGGGCAGGUUAUAUCGUGAAGCGCACAGGAAAAUACGUCGGUCUGGGGAUCUUGAGUCAAGCCGUCUUGACGUCUGGUACUCUCCUCUUGAACCUUUUGAGCUCACAGAGUCCAAACUGGUUGCUGAGUGGAGCGUUUAUUCUUGUGAGCUUCGGUGCUGGAAGCAUGUCGACGAUUACAUUGAUUGCGUGCACUGCUGCUUUGGAUCAUUCUGAUCAUGCCGUCGUUACAUCUGCUAUCUAUCUCGCUCGCGGACUAGGCAGCACGCUCGGUGUGACAGCCGCAUCAGCAAUUUAUCAAAAUAUCCUGAACACGCGUCUCUGGGAACGAUUUGGGAGCGAGACGAAUGCAGCCGAGAGGAUUGGUAGGAUCCUAGAGGACCUGGAGGAGCUGAAGAGGCUUGAGGGCCACUGGCACGAGGGUGCGAUGCAAUCCUUCAUGGAGGGGUUCAAGGGCGUCUGGGUCAUGUUUUUGUGUGUUGCAGUCCUGGCUUUGCUGUGCAUCUCGAGGAUGCAGCAGUACGAACUUCACUCCACCUUGGACAGGAAGUCCAGGGAAUAG